GGACCCUGGGCUCUUAGUUGAAAGAAGACAGUCGCAUAGCUUGGACACUCUGGGAUGAAAUCUUUGACAGUGAUUAUAAUAAGGCUGCUAUUUCUUUUCUUUUACAAGUCUAUCGUUUGAACAUCAGGUUGUAUUACGACAAGAGAUUUAAAAUAAUAAAGGAAACGAGAUUCUAUAUUAAUAGCUUGUUAGAAGUUAAGAAAGAAUAUUAGAGGCUAUCUUGUGGCCCAUGAGAAAUUGCUUUAUAUCGGUUUUGCAUUGUUAGUGUAUUAUUUAAACAAUUUGUUCUCUUCCUACUUUCAUAAGAGUAGUUCGAUUAGUAGGCUACUGUGUACGAAUAACGAUAUGCAAUAAAACUUACCCAUGAAAUAAUGCAUUAAAAUAUUUACACCUAUGAAAUAACAUUAGGCUGUAUUUAACUGUUAAGACAUCUGUGCACGUGUUUGCUUAAUCGAGUACAGCUAAUUCUUUAAAGUGCGGGACAGCGUGUAUGGCUUUGAGAAAUAUAGCUAAGGUCGAACUUUGUAGACAGAUACAUAAGCGACGAUGGCGAAGUGGUUCAAAGAUUUCCCCAUCAACCUGAAGAACGGUAACGAGAGGAUACGCUCUGCCUCGGAAUCAAGCUCGCACGCUCGGGCCAAGCCUGGAGCCGCAGCCAGCAUGGGCACCAAAGUGGGCACUAAGGGCAGCCAGCGCAAGUACUCGGGAGCUGAGAGUGGCGGCGGGAUGACUUCGCUUAUGUCCGUCAGAAAUCGGAAAAAUUCGGCCGUCGAAUUGGGACGGAACGGAGCUAAUACCGGCGGUUCGAUUAAGGACGGAAAGGUCUGGGAUAGUCUCAUACCCGGGAAGAGUCGCAAAAACCAGUUCAAACUCGACCCGGGAAUGGAGGAGCACCGGCCACUUAAAAGCUUGAGUUCAUCAAACGCAUACAUCAAUCGGUUGAUAAAGGUAGACAAACUGGACAAAAACCUAAAUUACAAUAGCGGUACCGGAGGUCCAGUGGUACAGGAAACCGAAAAAGGAAAGGGGACUCGCAAAUCAGAAACGGUGAUCAUUCUUGAAGACUACUCUGACCCCUUUGAUGCUCAGAAGACCCGGGAACAGAGGGAGGCAGAGCGUGUAGGAGAAAAUGAUGGAUAUGUGGAGCCAUAUGACGCCCAGCAGAUGAUAACAGAAAUUCGACGGAGAGGAUCCAAGGACCUGUUGAAGAUUUGUGUCCAGAUGGAGGGUGGGGAGGGGCCCACUGAGGAGGCUCGGCCACCCCCAGCUCCCCAGAUAUAUGAUGUCCCGUACGAGGGAGACACAGAGGAUCUCGGAGAUGCGGGCGAGUAUGAGCUACCUUGGGAGUGGAAGAAGGAACAGCUAAUGAAGACACAGCCAGGCAGCCCUACCACUGUCAGGGAGGAGCUUCCGCAUCCAAGCCGCCACCAGCACCUGCGGCAGAAGAGCUGGAGCCAAAAGAUCUUGAAAAGCUCGCUGUCCUCCAGCUCGGAGUCAGAGGCGAACCUGGUCAACCGCACUCUGCCUUUGGAGAAGCAGUGCUGGUACCAUGGCUGCAUGACGCGUCAGGAGGCUGAGGCCCAGCUGCAGACCUGCAGGGAGGCCAGUUUCCUUGUAAGAAACAGCGAGUCGGGCACCAGCAAGUACUCUAUCGCCCUCAAGACAAGUCAGGGCUGUGUGCACAUCAUUGUGGCUCAAACCAAGGAGAGUGGAUACACCCUGGACCAGAGCAGCUGUGUGUUUCCCAGCAUUCCUGAGAUGGUCCACCACUACUGCACCCAGCAGCUGCCCUUCACAGGGGCCGAGCACAUGAACCUGCUGCACCCGGUUCCCCGUCUGCACUAACGUACCUGCAGAACCAGCUGGAUCUCACAAAAGCAGCUGCACUUACUAUCUCCCUGUCUGUCUCUGUAGGUUGAAUGCUGACUCUAGGUGCAAGACUGUGGUUUUUAUCUUUUAGACCCACUCUGUAUGUCCUUCAUACACUGACCCCACCCACCAUCUCAGAUACCUCUUUUCCACUAGUGUCAUGCCAUUUCUGGUGUGGGUGCUAACACUGAACUAGUUUUCAGGUGGUGCUCAAGUGGCAUGACCUGAGAACCGGGCGUGUUUCCACUAGUUAAGAACAACAUUUGUAACAGAUGGCGAUUUCUCACACAACAAUGGGCACGUAACAGUUUUGAGUUUGUUUAAUAAUGUUUUUCGAUGGAGAAUGUUUAUGGUAAUGCUAACUUAAGUGAUACUUAAGUUAGCAGUAAUUAAAACAUUCUUUUUACAGAACAUUACCUAGCUACAUUACAAGCCAUUACUAAUUAAUAUUUAUAACUAAUUAUUUGCUGGAUUUUUGCUGCGUAGAUUUUGCAGUUGUACAGAAGACGGACAUCACCCAUCAUCCAGAUAUCAACGAACAAGCCAUUGAUGGGACACAGUAGUCCGUGGAUUCAGUCGGACACUGUUCAUCCAAAACAUCACUUUGCCACAGUCAUUUGACUACAUAUAUUACUGUCUCAAACAUAUAGCAGGGAGAGCAAACACCAGUUUUUGUUUGUGUGCACCUGCAAGGAAAAGUGUUACAUUUGCGUGUUGGAGGCUGUCUGCCUACUGUGGGGCAUUUAAAUAUCUUCUAUCCCA